ACGACUUAAUUUUUGGUAUAUCAGUUUCCUAAGUCGGAAAACCCUAAGCAAAAACAAAGAAAUCGACCAUGGUUGCCAAAGCUCUCAUCUACUUGGUGCCGUUCUUCUUGGCUGGUACUUCCGCCCAAUUCCUCUAUCAGGACAAAUAUGCAGCUGACGCAUACUCCAAUGGGGAUGUUUCCAUGCAAACCGAAGACAUCGUUGACCGACAGAAAAGGCAUGUUCAAUCUGAUAUCACUGAAGGCGGCGGUUCGGAAGCAACUAGCCGAUUUGGCCUGAUGUCUGGUAGAUUGGGAGGCUAUGGAGGAUAUGGAAGUUACCCCAGUUAUGGAGGCGGAUAUGGCAACUAUGGAAGCUACGGACUGAGCUACAACUAUGGACCUCGCACUGUUCUGGACACAGUCUUUGGCGUUAUCAGAAGAGUGAUCAGAACCGUUCUGGCAGUGUCGCUCAGAAUUAUACAAUUCGUCGUACCCGACAGAGUAUUCUAUGGAAUCACCCCUUAUGAACUAAUCCAUCUGACCCAAAACCCCCUUUCUCUAUCAGCGAAGUAAAGACAUCCAGCUCCUCUGGCGAAUUUAGCAGCAAUUUUCCGAUGCACUGAAUAAAGGCAAUUUAACACCCA